AUGGCUCGUCGAGCUAACAACAAAGAUACAUUGAGCAGCGGUAACACUGUACAAGUGGUGCUGGCCUCAGCCACGGCUCUGUUGGUUGGAUAUUUGAUGACCUAUCCCACCAAAGAAGAAACCAAGACUGAGUACCCUGCCGUCAACAAGGACAAGACACUCAUUUGGAGGGAAGACAGGGGUAUCAGCAAGUUGGUACCUUUGCAUCCUCGUGGUGCCGAUGACCCUACUAUCCUCAAAAAGUACACCAUGGCGGAGGUGGCCAAGCGUGAUUCUCCUGCUGAAGCAUGGAUUGUCAUCGAUGAACGGGUCUAUGACAUUACCAACUUUGUUGCCAAGCAUCCUGGAGGCGAAAAGGUACUCUACAACAUGGCUGGCAAAGACUGUACCGAUGCCUUUGCCAAUUACCACUCGGCUGCAAUCUACAAAAAGUGGCUACCUCCCUACCUCAUUGGACAAGUUACCGAUGUGCCAGUCUAUCCACAUGUUCAAGAUUUUAGAGAUAUCCGCCAAGAACUCAUGAGGAGGGGACUCUUCGAAACAAACCCUGUCUAUUACUACAAGUUGUAUGCUUGGUUUGCCACCCUCUUUGUCUCUUCCCUUUAUCUCACGCUCCAAUGCCAGUCCACUGCGGCUCACAUGCUGGGAGCGACACUUAUGGGAAUGUUCUGGCAACAGUUGGCUGGAUGGGGACACGACAUUGGACAUUCCUCUAUCUCACACAACUUUCAAUACGAUAACUUGGUGGGAUCGACGAUUGGAUCUGCUGUUUUGGGUAUCUCCGUGGGAUGGUGGAAGCGAAGUCACAACACUCAUCACGUCGUCUGUAACUCCAUUGAAAACGACCCUGAUAUCCAGCACAUGCCCUUCAUGGCUGUCACGCCUGAAAUCAUGAAGGAACCCUUCUGGAGCUCUUACCAUGACAAGGUCAUCUUUGUCGAUGCAGCUGCCCGAUUCUUUAUUCGCCAUCAGCAUUGGUUCUUCCUCGCCAUCAUGGCGGCUGGCAGAUUCAAUCUCUAUGCUCAGUCCUGGAUCUUGCUAUUGACCACCAUCAACCGGAAGGAUGCCAUUGUCAUGUACUACCGAGUGCAUGAGAUGAUCAGUCUAACCUUCUUUGCUUUGUGGGUUAUCGCAGUCGUGUGCUCGCUGCCCACAUGGCUCGAAGCUGCUGGUUGGAUCAUCAUUAGUCAUGGCGUGUCCGGUCUCUUGCACCUCCAGAUCACCCUCUCUCACUUUAGUAUGGAUACCUACCAUGGCAAUGCCUACAAUGAUGCAUCUGACGAAUGGUACACUAUGCAAAUCAAAACCACACUGAACGUUGAUUGCUACGACUGGAUGGAUUGGUUUCACGUCGGACUGCAAUACCAGAUCGAACAUCAUCUCUACCCCACACUGCCACGACACAAUCUUCCUAUUGCCAAACAAAUGGUCGAACAGGUUUGUAAGAAGCAUGGAAUACAGUACAACGAAACAACCUUUUUCCAGGGUGUCAUCAAGACAAUUCUGUGCUUGAGGGAAACUGCAAUGGAAGCCCGCAAGGGAAAGUUCGAUUAUCGAACCAGUACCAGUCACAUUAGGGAUCUGCUCAAUGCCAAUGGGUAA